AUGCACACGCUCAAAGAAACCGGCUCAUCUUCGCUUGCUCUGCCAGAGGACAGCUACAUCUACUCGAUUGUGCCGUCGUCGCGAACAGAGUUUGCCGCCAUCUCAUCCGACGACUCGCUCCGCAUUUUCGAUGCGAACAAACUUAAUCAUGCGUCGUUAGUGGCCACCAAUACACACGACGAUGGAGUCACCUCGUUGCGGACGUAUGAUGCAAACAACCAGCUGGUCAUCACCGGUGGCCGAGACGGCAAAGUCAAACUGUGGGAUCUCCGCCAUGGCAAGAAUUCCGCCGCUGUCGUGGUCGAAUCAUCAAAUCAGGCUCCGGUGCUGUCGAUAGCCAGCUGCUCUGAAACAAACAGCAUCGUAGCUGGGACGGAACUUCUCUCCCACCAGGCAAUCGUUGCAUUCUGGGAUGCUAGAUCCCCAUCCCAGCCGCAUCUCCAGUACGUGGAGAGCCACAACGACGAUGUAACCGAGCUCCAAUACCACCCAAACCGGCACAACAUCCUCCUCUCAGGAAGCACGGACGGUCUCGUCAACAUCUACGAUACCACCGUCACAGACGAAGACGAAGCCCUGGUGCAAGUUAUCAACCACGGCUCCGUGCACCAUGCCGGAUUCAUCAACGAGCGCACCAUCUACGCCCUGAGUCACGACGAGUCCUUUGCCAUCCACCCGGCAACAGACCCAGACGAUCAAGCCCAAGAGCCCGAGCCGAUCCAGUUCGGCGAUCUAAGACAGCCGCUGCACUGCGAGUAUAUUGCGCAGGUCUGUGUCGGGAGUCAAGCACCGUAUAUUGCUGCGGGGAAUAAGAUCGACAAACGCCUUGAUUUAAUUCCUCUCGCCCCAGCACCCUCAUGGCGCUUCGACGAGCAGAACCUCUGGCGCCUCCCAGGCGGUCACGGCGAGGAAGUCGUACGCUCGGUAUACGUUGACGGACAGAACCAAUCGGUCUUCACUUGCGGCGAAGACGGCUUCGUGCGUGCGUGGAAGCCCGAGGCUGAGCAGGAUGUGGAGGGGGAUACACAGAUGAACGCGCCGAAGCCGAAGGAGAAGAAGGCGAAGGAAAAGACUAGGUUUAAGCCGUAUUAG